AUGCUGCAAUUGGAUUUUACUAUUUUACAUGAAUCACUUCGGAGUGUUAAAUCAAUCCCGUUAUAAAUUUACUUUUCAACUUGAUUAUUUUAAAAAAGGAUCUGAGUAGGAUAUGGUGUUUUCAGCAUCAACGAUGAUUCCAGAUUUUGUAACUACUUAAUUAUGUUAAUUCAAUCAAAUGGUCAGUUGAGCAAAUAAGUAAGGGGUGGUGACGGUGGUAUUCGAGUGGUGUAUAAUGUCUAAUGAUUUGAAUUAGAAGUGGGAACAAAAAAAGGCUUUGGGCUUUGGAAAACUUGAAAGCGGAGUGAAAUGGGAAACAACUUUCAAAUUCCCAUCAUUUGUGAAAGGCGAUAGAUUCUUGAUAUCUUAUCUUCCUCCAUUUGUUGAGGAAUAUAUACUGUGCCCACUUUCAUGAGUCAACAAUGGACAAAUGGAACUCUUGAGUCCGUUCAACAUCUCCCUCGAAGCCACCCACCCAUUUCCUCCAUUAAAUAUGCAGAGUUGCCUCUUGUUUUCUAGCUUUCAACUAUUUUUAACUGCAAUUGCCUGCAUAGGCAAGUCUUGUACGUACAAACAUAUUUUUCUUUUAAGAACAUUUACUAACUUACUUUCAUAAAAAGUGGGAAGAGUGAAACUUGAAAAUGAGAGCGGUUGGUGGGUACAAGUGAAAUGGUGGAAUUAGGGCGCGAGAUUGUGGUAUCGAGGUAGCUUUGCAUCGUAAACUAUAGCUGGCAAUAGCUGGCUCUCCAGGCCCAGCCCCCAAUACCCAAAAGUUCAAUUUUCCUCUCUUUUACUUCAUCUUGAUAUUUCACGCCUUUCCGUUCUCUCCUUUCUUUGGCUUUCAGUCCUCUGCUUUGCCAACAAAGUUCUGAAAGUGAUCAACACGACUGUCGUGUGAAUUGGGAUUUUCUGCUGGAGAAGCUAAAAUUAGGCCAAAGAAGUUUUGGAUGCAAACAAAGAAGUGAACGGCAAUGAGUGCCUCGAGGUUUAUAAAGUGUGUCACUGUAGGUGACAGAGCCGUUGGCAAGACUUGCAUGCUUAUUUCCUACACCAACAAUACUUUCCCUACGGAUUGUGUGCCAGUUGUCUUCGACAAUUUCAGUGCGAUUGUGGUUGUGGAUGGAACCACUGUGAAUCUGGGGUUGUGGGAUACUGCUGGCCAAGAAGAUUACGAUAAAUUGAGACCUUUAAGCUAUCCUGAAGCAGAUGUAGUUCUGCUAGCAUUCUCUCUUAUGAGCAAAGCAAGCUAUGAAAAUGUUGCCAAGAAAUGGGUUCCGGAGUUGAGGCACUUUGCACCUGGUGUCCCAAUUAUUUUAGUUGGGACAAAACUUGAUCUUCGGGAUGAUAAGCAGUUCCUUCUAAACCACCCAGGUGCAGUGCCCAUAACCACGGCUCAGGGGGAGGAACUAAGAAAACUUAUUGGUGCUCCCGUUUACGUUGAGUGCAGUUCAAAAACUUAGAUGAAUGUGAAGGCAGUUUUCGAUGCAGCCAUCGAAGUUGUUCUCCAGCCCCCAAAGCAGAAGAAAAAGGAAAGAAAGGGGCAAAAGGCCUGUUCUAUUUUGUGAGAUCUUCUGUUUUUGAUAUGCUAGUUCUUGGAGGAUGACAUGACCCUAGCCAUUUACCGGUAGUCUUCACUCUUCACUAUACUAUAUAUCUAUAUAUCUAUAUACUAUUUCCACCUAUAGGAAGCAAUUGCUCCGUGGCUCCAACACUGACUGUAUUCAUGACUCGAGAACAUCAAGUUAUUGUUUGUGUAUCUGUAUAGGCAUGAUUUCAAGACAUUUGGGAUGCACAACUUUUUACGUACAAGUAUGUUGCUUCCCUAAUGUAUUGAUUAUUUUAUGGCUAUUUCUUUUGUGGGCAUGACUCUAAUGUUGUAAUCUAAUAUACGAUAGACGUGACUUUGGAUUUGAACUAUUAUGUAAUUAUGGUCAUGAGCUGUUUAGCAGACUGAUUAUAGUUA